AUGACUCCUGAAAGCGAAUUAUACUCCACUGCCACAGCUGUAUUUUUAUCAGAGGUGACGAAACUUGUCAUUUGUAUUUAUAUGGCCGUCCGUUCUCAAGUAAUUGAAACCGGGUACUGGAAGGCUUCUGAACUUUAUGACCAAGUUUUUACUCCCGAUGCUUGGAAACUAAUGAUACCAGCAGCAUUGUAUACAAUUCAAAAUAAUUUACAGUAUAUUGCUGUUAGUACUUUAGAUGCGGCUACAUUUCAGGUUACCUAUCAACUUAAAAUUUUAACAACGGCGAUUUGUUCGGUGCUCAUGUUAAAAACUUCUUUGAGUCCGAUUAAAUGGUUUUCUUUGGUCAUAUUAACCUGUGGUGUUGCAUUAGUUCAAUUAAAAAUUGGAGGAAAUAACUCAUCACAUCAAGACGUUAAAAACGAAAGUCAAACCCUCGAAAAAGAAACGUUCGAUGAUAAUGGAGCGAAAAAACUUGUAGGAUUAUGCGCUGUUACUGUAGCAUGUAUAAUUUCAGGUUUAGCUGGAGUGUACUUUGAAAAAGUUCUUAAAGGUUCUCAAACUUCUAUAUGGAUCCGAAAUCUCCAACUUUCAUUCUUCUCUCUUUUUCCUGCCUUAAUUUUGGGAGUAUGGUGGAAAGAUGGAUCUCAAGUAUGGGAAAAAGGAUUCUUUUUUGGAUAUAACUUUAUUGUAUUUAGUGCUAUUGCAUGUCAAGCCAUCGGUGGUAUUAUUGUAGCUCUGGUUGUCAAAUAUGCUGAUAAUAUUCUCAAAGGUUUCGCUACUUCAAUUUCUAUCAUUCUUUCAUUCAUCGCUUCUGUUUAUCUUUUUAAUUUCCCAAUUACUGUUACUUUCUUGAUUGGUUCCACUUUGGUAUUGAUUGCAACAUAUAUGUAUAGUAAACCUGAUAAACCCGAUUCGCAAAAAAAAGAAUAUCAUCCUAUUGACCAAGAGGAGGAUAAUAUUGGUCAAGAUUAUUCUGUGAAUGAAAAACUGGACACUAACAAUGGAUUCGUUAAAGUUAGUGGAAAGGAUUGA